AGGCCGCUCAGCCGAGCUCCGAGCGCCGCCGCGCAGCCGGUGCCCGCUGCGGGCGGGCCGAGGAUGGCCCUGUCGCGGGGGCUGCGCUGCUGCCAGCGGGCGUUCGCCUGGGUGCCCGUCCUCAUCAUCACCCUCGUCGUCCUCUGGUCCUACUACGCCUACGUCUGCGAGCUGUGCCUGAUUACUCUCAGCAACCCUGCAGAAAAAGUGGCCUAUCUUAUAAUAUUCCAUAUUCUCUUUGUGCUCUUUGUGUGGACAUAUUGGAAGUCUAUUUUUACUCUCCCGGUUCAGCCAGGCAAAAAGUACCACAUGUCCUACGCUGACAAAGAACGCUAUGAAAAUGAAGAAAGGCCAGAGGUGCAGAGGCAAAUUCUUGCUGAAAUUGCGAGGAAGCUGCCAGUGUAUACGAGAACGGGGAGUGGAGGUAUUCGAUUCUGUGAUAGAUGCCAGCUGAUAAAACCAGAUCGUUGCCACCACUGUUCUGUUUGUGCUAUGUGUGUCCUAAAGAUGGAUCAUCACUGCCCAUGGGUGAAUAACUGCAUUGGAUUCUCUAACUACAAAUUCUUUCUACUCUUCUUAGCCUAUUCUCUGUUGUAUUGCUUGUAUAUUGCUGCAACAGUCUUCAAAUAUUUCAUUAAGUAUUGGACAGGUGAACUGACCAAUGGACGUUCCAAAUUUCAUAUCCUUUUCCUUCUCUUUCUGGCGGUUAUGUUCUUUGUUAGCCUCAUGUUUCUGUUUGGCUACCAUUGCUGGCUUGUCAGUAGGAACAGAUCUACUUUAGAGGCUUUCUCAACUCCAGUAUUUCAGAAUGGCCCGGAUAAAAAUGGAUUCAAUCUUGGCUUUGUAAAAAAUCUUCAGCAAGUGUUUGGAGAAGAAAAAAAGCUGUGGUUACUACCUAUUGCCUCCAGCCAGGGUGAUGGACAUUUUUUUCCAAUGAGAGCUUUGUGUGAAGCUCAGAAUCCUCUUCUGUCAAAUGAAGAGCAGUGGGAAGAUGACGGAAUAGAUGAGGAGCCUCAUGAUUCUGGUGAAGCUGCGUCCCUUGCCAUAGAAAGGGAGACAUAGCGGUUUGAAAACGACAGCAGUAGAAGGCUUGUUCAGAAAGCUUCCCUCUCAGGAGUCAACAUCCCUUCUCUCUGCAUGGAAUUCAGUUUUGAGAGGCAGAAGAAAAGUGGAUCUUUAAGAUGUAAAAGCAUCAAGAAGUAUCAUUUGAUUGGAAUCUGCAUUCUAGAGUGCUUCUCCAGAAAUCCUGCAAUCCAGAUGUUUCAAGGCUUUAUAAGUUGAAGUUAUGGAGUGAACAGAACAGUUUUACAGAGUGAUUCUGGCCAAUCUUCUUUGGCCUGCUCUCUUUAUUUUAUAAAUAAUAUAUAUUUUUUAUUCAAAAUAGGUUUAAAAAAAAAGUAUUGAUGCGAGUGCGUUUCCAAAGGCCUUUUCGUUUUGCAAGCAUCAGGGACUUGAGUUCUCAAAAUUCUUCCAAGCCAUAAUAUUCUUGGGGAUGGUAUUUACACUGAGACUGAUGCUCUAACCUCCUCAGCCAGGUGGCGUUUUCUAAUAUGUUUAAAGUUCUGAGUCUGUUCCACUCAGUGAGAUACAGAUUCACUUAAAUUUGGCACUAAAUUGAUAGUUGAUACAUUUGUGUUGAAAGAAAAAGCACUGAAUGUGUAUAUAUACAUGUGCAACUGUGUAUGGAAACGGAACAAUCACGUUGCCAGUAUCAAGAUUCAAGAAUAUUGUGGCCACAGAUGCUUUUUUUUCUGGGGCAGUGUAAAUAUCUUACAGUUUGAGUUACAGUGCCCUUCAGUCCUGCUUAGUUACCUAAAGCGCAAACAGGAAUCUUAGGCAGCUCAAGGUGCAUUAAUUCCUAGGGCUAAAAGGACAGUGUUUGCAUGGUAAUUAGAGCAUUAUCAACUCGUUCCCAGGCCCCUGUUCCAAGGAAAAUCUUGUUUGUGAAAUCAGAAAGGAAGAUGUAGAUUUGAAGCACAGGAGUUGGAAAUGUGUGCUGAAUAUUUAGCUCCAACAGUCGCGCUUGGAGUGUCUGUUCCACAAAGGUGAUUUCAGCCCCAUAACACUGAACUUGUGAUGUACUGAAUUAUCUCAUACUUCCUCAGUAGAUGUAUUGAGUGAUAUUUAAAAGGUUUUUCAGGACCAAGAGGUGAUUAGAUUCUUUAUUUUGCUCCAUUUGCAAUUAGAGGAAUGUAUUGUUAUUCUUACUGUGAGGAAUGGAACUGAGAAUUUGCUGGCAGGAUUAUAUGUAUUUUUCUAGAUCCAAGUCACUAUUUUAUCUGCAUGAUUUAGAGCUGGCAACUCCAUCUCUCGUGUUGGAACAAGGUGCAUGUUUGCUGAAUUGGUAUACUACUUUUAAGAUCGUUUGUUAGCAUUUUCUAUCCUGGUUUUCUGUUUGUUCUCCAGCCCGUUUGUAUCUGCUUUAACAACAGAAGCAGUUGUCAUGAGAAAUCAUCUGAUCUAAGUAUCUGUUGGUGACAAAGGCCUUGGCUGCAGAUUAAGACUCCUCUGUUUCCUCUGUCGUGCUACCAGUGGCAGUAUGUUAGUGGCACAGAAGAGACACGUGGAGAUGUUUUGUUGAUGAGUAGAUGUUUAACUGCAGGAUAUAAACCGUGCCCUUUGGACGUGGCGUUUUAUACAUCAGGCUGUACUUAGGAGUAGCACAGGCAAUAGACUCAGCAAAACUGCUACUGCUGAGGUUUAGUUCUCAGAAAUUAGGGUGAGUUCUCCCUGUCUAACUUAUUCUCCUUUUUCCUCAGAGUUCUAUGGAACGUUCUUGGAGUGUCCCUACUUUGGCUGCUUUGGUUGGGUGGUUCUGUCACCAGGUGGCUGUUGACCACUGAAACUAUUUUUCUUGUUAAAUCUCAACCCGCAUUUCUUGUGAAUGAAUCUCGUGCUCAGAUUUAAGCUGUGAAAGGCAGCACUAGAAUUGAUCACAUCGUUUCUAGUAAAAUGUAUUCUGGAGGUGGAUCAUGCAAGGGAAGUGCCAGUUAUUUGCUGUAGGAAGUGUGUAGGAAUUUAGCACUGUUACUUGUGUAUUUGUGCCUUUAAAACUCUAAAUUCCUUGUAUAUAAAUCAGGAGGAUAAAUUGCUGACUGUUCCAUUCUGCCAGCUGAAGUGUGAUUUUCAGAUAGGAAUAUCAGAGCUGUGUGAAGCUGUGUGGAUUUACAAGGGUUUUCUGAGCAGGAUCUUGUGUCCUUUUGAGGUUUGGUUCUGUAUACAGCCCUGUCAUUAUUUUAAUGCCAUUUCUCUGCCAAGCAAAGCAGCAGAAAAGCUACCUAAAAGAACUGUGGACUGCAUCCCCACCAUCUGUCUAGAUGCAGCACUGUUCAUUAGUUAGUAAGUAAAAUCCAUUUUUGUCUUGUGGUUAUUAUUGAAACAGAUAUCUUUAUGAUAAUGCAGCUAUCCAGUUCAGAUUUAGAAGCAGCUUUAAAAGUUUCUAACUACCUAAACGAUGCUUUGGCAUCUGUCCCCAUCUUGCUCUUAUUAAAUGGACUUGCUCAUAGUUAGUUGUGGCAAAUUCUCCUUUUUCUUAAAAGCAGCUCAGAUGCACAAACACUCCUGCAGGUAAAAGUGAUCAACAGUGUGAUAGCUCAGGGCCACUUCAGUAUCUGCACCACUCAGGUUUUUGAAUGCUUCAGGAUGGAAUGUGAAACUGAAGGAGAAAAAACUCUGGUGUGUUUGAGUGACUGAACAAACUCCAUUUUGUUCUCUUCUGCUUAAUUGAAAGACAUAUACUUGCUCUGCUAAUUGCACUGUGUAUGCUGAAUUCCAGGGCAGUCGGUGCUGUGCUUUAACCUGGCAGCAGCUCAGCACCAUAGAGCCACUUGCUCACACCCUCCCAGUGGGAUGGGGGACAGAAAUGUGAAAAAACCCAACCAAACAAAAAACAACAACAACAAAAAAACGAAGUAGAACUCAUGGAUCGAGAUACAAAUUAUAUAUUAAGAAAAGGAAGAGGAAAAAAGCAUGACAGUAAUGAUAAUUAUAGAUAUAUCAUCAGUCUCUGAGCAGCAGCUGCCCGCUCAGCCAAUUCCCCAUGAUUUUUCCAGGUUUUUUCCACUAUAUGAUGCUAUAUGAUAUGCUAUAUCCAUUUGGCUAGUUGAGAUCAGCUGUUGUGGUUCUGUCCCCUCACUGUCAGGACAAUUCAAGGAGUAGAGAAGCUGAAAGGUCCUUAGCUCCAUGCAGCACUGCUCAGCAGCAACUAAACAUCAGUGUUCUAUCAGCACUGCUGUUCUCCUAAAGCCAAACACUGCAUCGUGACAGACACUACGAAGGAAAAAUCAACUCUAUCCCCACUGAUAGCAGAACAGUCGUGCAGCUCCUCUGCCUCCCAGGGUCAGAGCUGAUGCAGAAAGCUGCAGUGAGAAUUCUGGGAGGUGUUCACCAAAGCUGUAAGUGAGCAGCUGGAUCCCUGCAGGAAAAACUGUUUCUCCAGAUAUUGCUGCUGAGAUCUGUUUGCUCCAUGCAUUACUGCAGCUGAUGCUUCAAACGUCACUGCAGAUGACCUAAUAAGGAGAACACUGUUUUUUUCACUUCACAUUUUUGGGCUUUAAGAAACAUGUUAGUUAGAGAUCUGGGCAGUAUAAAAGCAGUGAUUUUGACUGCGCCUCCUGCUACCUAUGACUUUAAAGCUGGGUUCCUAUUUAGUUUAUUAUUUCACUUUAUUUUCUUAGAUUCUGUACUAAAGUUGCAUACAAAGAAUGUAGUAUAUGCAAGUUCUGCCAGGUCUGCUAGGUAAGUGCACUGGGAAACAAAUGCUUCAGGCUGUCUGCAGGCACUGCUGCAGGUAACAGAGCAGCUGAAGUGUUCAGCUGAGUGCACGUACCUCUUGGAUGGGUAAAAUGCAUUUCCACUUUCACUGGUACGUGGGCUCGGUCUGUGUGAUACAUUGUGGAAGAGGCCCAAAGUAACUUCUGUCCUCAGUGAGUAUCAGACUGCCAGGAAUUGUAGAAGCAUCUGUCUGUGGAGAACAAUGGUGCUGGCCUAGCUUGGUGUAGUCAAGGGAGGUGGGAGAGCACUCUGUGUUGCCAGCAGGCUGCGGGCACAGCAGUGCUUGGUGCCUGUGGAUGACACACCUUGCCUUUGGCCUUUCAUGGUCUCUAUUUGAGCUUUUUACAAAUGCUUCCUAUCGUGGGAGUGAGAACUUUUCCAAGUGGGUGCCAUCAUGUGAAAGAAAGAAUUCUCUUGCUGGAUUGCACUGUUGUACCUGCUGCCCUGUCUUAUCCCUGUUCUCUUAGGCUAACGCUCCAAAAUAAUUCACCACUAACAGCCACCUCCUCACCUCUCCCAUCUCUCCCAUUUACAUUCAGGUAGGCUAUAUUCUUAGAGAAGGCAUCACAUUGAUGCCUCUGCGGAUUGUAUUGUGCAAAGUCCUAUCUUUGGUUGGUGAGUGCUGUCCAGGGAAUUAGGACUGUGGUAAGCAUCACUGCACUGCACCUUUUUUCUCUUGCUGAAUCAGAACAGUGUUUUUGGAGUAGAAGAUGGUUGUAUUCCUCUGAUCAAGGAGUAGUACUGUUUGUGUUAGUAAGCUGUACUAGUGCAUGUAGUGUAUUGUAGCUGAUGGGGCCGGGAAGCUUUUUAAUAGCACUACAGCAAUGAAUGUUUACUUCCUGGAACAAGCCAGAAGUGUGAUUCAGCAAAAUCUGUAAGAGCUGUAGUUUUUAUAUUCUGUAUGCUGGACUGAAAGCACAACUUAGUAGUUAGUUACAAAACUUAAUGUGUAAACUCUGUAACAUAAUAUGAAUGUAAAAUGUCAGGGAAAAGUAGAAACUAACCUUUUCUUCCCCCUAGUUAGAUAUAAAGGAAGAUGUGUUGCAAUGCAUUCAGGGACCAGCUGCCUCCGAUGCAGUCGAUAAGCCAGCAGCACAGAUUUGCUGUUUGCAUAGCUGGCUCAAUCAUGAGAGUGUUGAAUUAGCAGGCUAAGGAGGUACUGUUGAUGUUGUUUAUUAAGCCAGAAUUAAUUAACUCAGAGUCACAUUUUCAUUUCCGUGACUCUUCUGGUACAAAGUUUCAAAAUUGAUCCAUACUACUUGAAAAUAGCUUGAUUUUAUUGAUAUUUUUCCAAUUCUGUCAGCUUCUGUUUUGUUACAAAGCACUUGUUCUGAAGCCACCAAUUAAAGCAUCUCCAUGGUAGAGUGGCUUUUUUCAUUAAAGUAACGGCCUGUCAAACAGUUGGGCUGUGAUGAGCAUGUCCAGGCUGUGGCAUUAUGAUGUACCCUUCCUGCUUAACGCUUAUUUCCUUUUCUGGUAAUUAACAUUGAGAACUGUGCCUGCCCUUAGUUUUGUUCUUGCUCUACUUCUUCUCUUUUCCCUUUUGCUCUUCCUCCUGAAUAUGUAGUUGAAAUAUCUCAGCUUUCAGCUGUUCAUGCGGUUUUGUUUGGAUACUAACAAGGGGAGUGGUGUCACUUUGAACAGCUGGGCCGUGUAUUUUAUUUGUAAUAAUCUUCAUGUUCGUCAGGGACUGAUUUGUGAUUCCUUGUGUUCAGCUUGCUUUGCUCAGAGCAACUUUCUGCACUGCUUCGCUGUUUCCUAAAAAUCUUUGUUUUGUAGCUUCCAUUUGAAUUGUAAACCAUAUGAAGUAAAAUGUAAGUUUACUUUUCUAGUAUGAGCACAUAAGCUGGUUAUGCCUUCAUGCUGCUUGAAAUGUGUAUUUUUUCUGCAUAAGGUUUUAGGAUUUACAGCAGUAUUUGCUAAAGCUUUAGUGAAUAACAACCACUGUUUUAUUCAAAAAAAAAAAAAAAAAAGUAGGUUUCUGUUAAGAAAAAAAAAAGGAUAAAGGGAUCAUCCUUGGUUCUUAUUUCAACUGUGCUUAAAAAAACAAACAAACACAA